GGAAGUAAACAGCCUGAGGAGCGUCCGUGAACAGUAGCUUUGGUUCUAAAGCAACCAAGCCGCGUUCCGAAACGCGUUUAUGGUGUCUCUUUCGUGAUGGAGAAACGAAAGGAGACCGAAGACUCGGGGAAGGUUCUGGGUGUGGUCCAGUCAGACAACAGAGGAACCGAGGUGAGUAAAGAAGAAACUCUUGACCAGCAGAAGUGGAUGUCUGGUCUGGACCUGGGGGAACCAGAACCUCUGCAUAUUAAAGAGGAAGAGGAGGAGGAAGAUAUCUCAAACUUUCCCUUAAACAUUGUUGUAGUGAAGAAUGAAGACGACGAGUUUGAAGCUCCAGCCAGCAGCUCAACACUGCACAUAAAAGUAGAAGCUGAUGGUGACUACUGUGAAGGACCAGGACUUUUCAGUGAGUCAGAUCGACUUGCUGAGCAGAGGUUGCUCUCCUCUGGAUCUGAUACGGAUGACAGCGAAGACUGGAGGGCAGUUGUGAACAUUGAGCCAGGUUCAAACUCUGUGGACGAUCCAGACGACAGGCUGAAGUUCGAUGAGACAUCCCUGAGCUGCUCUAGAUGUGGGAGAAGCUGGUCCACCAAGAAAGGGCUGAAUCUGCACAAAAAUACCUGCAACGGCGAGCCACUGAACUGCGCAGUUUGUGGGAAAGGUUUUACCCUGAGAUCCUCUCUGAAGAGGCACAUGAGGAUUCACACGGGAGAGAAACCCUUCUACUGCGCUAUCUGUGAUAAAAGCUUUAAUCAGAGAGGGUAUCUGAAGACUCACCUGAGGACUCACACUGGAGAAAAACCCUUCAGUUGCUCUCAGUGCGGCAAAUGUUUUAACCAGAGAGGGGAUCUGACAGUUCACAUGAAAAUACACACAGGAGAAAAACCUUUCAGCUGCUCAGAGUGCGGUAAACAUUUUAGUCGGAGAGACUAUCUCAAGACACACAUGAAAACACACACAGGAGAAAAACCUUUCAGCUGCUCCCAGUGUGGUAAAUGUUUCAAUCGGCGUGAAACUCUGAAGACUCAUGUCAGAAUUCACACCUGGGAAAAACCUUUCAGCUGCUCCAAAUGUGGGAAGUGUUUUAGUCAGCUUGGUGGCUUAAAGUAUCACAAAAGAACACACACAGGUGAGAAACCUUACUCCUGCCUGGUGUGCAGCAAAAGCUUUACUACGUCGUGUUAUCUAAAGCGACAUGAGAAAAGUCACACAUCUGGGAGUAUGUCUAGUGCGCAGGAGCAGUAAGUACUCUUACAGGAUGUCAGUGUCAUGUUUUUUGGGGAGGGGCAGUGUGGCACAGGUUCAGCUUCUUUUUUUUCAGAUGCCAACAAUAACAAUAACGUUCUUCAGGAUGGAGGCAUGAAAAAGCUUUGGGUGACUUGAUGUUGCCCAGAUGCUGAUGUCUGAUGCUGCAACAGGUUUUAUUCCAAUGAUAAAAUGAUUUUCCUCAUCUGAUCACAUGAACAAGAUGUCUUUCUGUACUGGGUCUUCUCAUCCUGUCAAGUCCUGUUGCUCUCUUAAUUGAUUUAUUUGUAUUUGCUUCAAUAAAAGCAACGAAACAAAAUGAUCAAAACAUUUUGCUUCAAUGUUGAAGGAAAGGAGAAGGGAUUUAUUUGUGAGCUCAUCAAACAAAUAGACCAAAACAAAGUACUGACGCAAUUUCAAGGGUAAUCACCAAAAAUCCCAUCAUGCUGAA